UCCCCUUCACUCUCCGUGUGUUCACCCGUGACACACACACACACACCCACCAUGUCCCCUUCACUCUCCGUGUGUUCACCCGUGACACACACACACACCCUGUCCCCUUCACUCUCCGUGUGUUCACCCGUGACACACACACACACACCCUGUCCCCUUCACUCUCCGUGUGUUCACCCGUGACACACACACACACACACACACACACACCCUGUCCCCGUCACUCUCCGUGUGUUCACCCGUGACACACACACACCCUGUCCCCUUCACUCUCCGUGUGUUCACCCGUGACACACACACACACACCCUGUCCCCAUCACUCUCCGUGUGUUCACCCGUGACACACACACACACACACACACACACACACACACCCUGUCCCCUUCACUCUCCGUGUGUUCACCCGUGACACACACACACACACCCUGUCCCCUUCACUCUCCGUGUGUUCACCCGUGACACACACACACACACCCUGUCCCCAUCACUCUCCGUGUGUUCACCCGUGACACACACACACACACACACCCUGUCCCCUUCACUCUCCGUGUGUUCACCCGUGACACACACACACCCCCUGUCCCCUUCACUCUCCGUGUGUUCACCCGUGACACACACACACACACCCUGUCCCCGUCACUCUCCGUGUGUUCACCCGUGACCUUAUCGCCACCCACAGCUCCAAUCUGCGGGUUAAAUCCGCUGACUGACCGGCCUCAUCUCCAGUAAUAAUGGGUCAGCCAGCAGAGAAGGAGUCAUCACCCCGACACAAGGAAACAGCCUCUGCCUCCCGGUGACAGAAACAACGGAGCUGGUUGUGGGUGACAGGAGGAAUGGAGACAGGGGCCAAAUUCAACCUCUGCACGUCUGUUAUUGGUUCUUUAUCCUCCAAAAUAUUCCGCAUGGAAUUUAAACUGGAGGAGGCGGAGGGUGGGUUUAAGAAGGAGAUUUUUCCAGAAGAAAAGCUGCCUUAAGUUUAAUUGGGUUUGGUUGUGUGACUGUGUUAGGAUGACGAGUAUUCCUCGCUUUAAUUGUGCGGGGCAAAAUGAAUUGCUGUACACAUCUGAUUUGGUAGUUAGUAUUUCAAACUGAGUUGAGUGCCCUCUUCUGCUCCUAAAAGGUUUGGGUUUGAUGUGGGAUUGGUAGUCUCUGUCGAGUUGACCAUUUAACAUUUUGUAAAGACAGGUCACAUCUAUCUUGGAGAGAGUUCCACUUUAAUGAAUUUAAAAGUUCAGUAACACUGGUUUCUCUCUCAUAGGUAUUUGUGACAAAUCGGGCUGCCUGUCUUUGGACUCGCUCGGUGGAAGUAGUGUUUUUGUUUGUGUUUGGGUCCCAGGCAGCAACUGCAUAUUCCAAAUGUGGCCUAACAGUGGUGAGGCUGGGGUGAGGCUGGAUGGACGUUUAUCCGAUCACGAGAGGAACAGAUGGAGUGGACAGACGAUCCAAAGCGGUUGAAAAGUCUAAUACAUUUAAGUUAGACCUGCGGUGAGAGAUUUAUUGGAAGAGAACCCACAACUGGAAGCAAACCACGACUGAAGACGAGGGAGCAGCAACAAGUGAACCAGCCCGAGGAUUGAGAGCAUCAACUGGAGAGGACCCAUCUGAUGGGGAGAUUCCAGUGUUUCAGUCAGGAGAAAGUUUGGUUAAAAAUGACAAGGAAUUUGUCUAUGGGAACCUCGAACACAAUACGCCGGUUUUGCUGUCUCUGUCCAGAAAUUUAAGAAGUGGAGCGAGGGAUUCAAUCAACUAUCCUUCCUGCUCAGACUGUGGGGAGAGAUUCACUCAAUGAUCUGACCGACUGGCACGCCCCUCAUUUUACACAGGAGAGAGGCUGUUCACCUGCUCAGACUGUGGGAAGGGAUUCACUCUGUCAUCUGACCUAAUGGCACACCAGCGAGUUCACACCGGGGAGCGGCUGUCCACCUGCUCGGACUGUGGGAAGGGAUUUACUUCGUCAUCUCAACUGAAGGUACAUCAGCGAGUUCACACUGGGGAGAGGCCGUUCACCUGCAAAGACUGUGGGAAGGGAUUCACUCGGUCAUCUAACCUAAUGGCUCACCAGCGAGUUCGCACCGGGGAGAGGCCGUUCACCUGCUCGGACUGUGGGAAGGGAUUCACUUCGUCAUCUCAACUGAAGGUACAUCAGCGAGUUCACACUGGGGAGAGGCCGUUCACUUGUUCAGUGUGUGGGAAGGGAUUCACUCAGUCAUCUCAGCUGAAGGUACAUCAGCAAGUUCACACCGGAGAGAGGCCAUUCACCUGCUCAAACUGUGGGAAGGGAUUCACUCAGGCAUCUCACCUACUGAGACACCAGUCAGUUCACACCAGAGAGUGGCCAUUCACCUGCUCAGACUGUGGGAAGGGAUUCACUCAGUCAUCCGCCCUAAUGGCACACCAGCGAGUUCACACUGGGGAGAGGCCGUACACCUGCUCAGACUGUGGGAAGGGAUUCACUUGGUCAUCUGACCUAAUGGCUCACCAGCGAGUUCACACAAGGGAGCAGCCGUUCACCUGCUCGGAAUGUGGGAAGGGAUUCACUACAUCAUCUCAACUGAAGGUACAUCAGCGAGUUCACACUGGGGAGAGACCAUUCACCUGCUCAGACUGUGGGAAGGGAUUUACUUGGUCAUCGAAUUUGAAGGCGCAUCAGAGAGUUUACAGUGGAGAGAGGCCAUUCACCUGCUCAGAUUGUGGGAAGGGAUUCACUUCGUCAUCUCAGUUACUGAGACACCAGUCAGUUCACACUGGAGAGUGGCUGUUCACCUGCUCGGACUGUGGGAAGGGAUUCACUUCGUCAUCUCAACUGAAGGUACAUCAGCGAGUUCACACUGGGGAGAGGCCAUUCACCUGCUCAGACUGUGGGAAGGGAUUCACUUCGUCAUCUCAGUUACUGAGACACCAGUCAGUUCACACUGGUGAGAGGCCGUUCUCCUGCUCAGUGUGUGGGAAGGGAUUCAUUCUGUCGUCACAACUAAAGGUACAUCAGCGAGUUCACACUGGGGAGAGGCCUUUCACCUGCUCAGACUGUGGGAAGGGAUUCACUUCAUCAUCUCAGUUACUGAGACACCAGUCAGUUCACACUGGUGAGAGGCCGUUCACCUGCUCAGACUGUGGGAAAGGAUUCACUUCGUCAUCUCAACUUAAGGUACAUCAGCGAGUUCACACUGGGGAAAGACCAUUCACCUGCUCAGAGUGUGGGAAAGGAUUCACUCAGUUAAACCACCUGCAGAGACACCAGCAAGCUCACACUGGGUAGAGGCCGUUCACCUGCUUUGGUUGUGGGAAGGGAUUCACUCGGUCAUCUCAACUACAGAGACAUCAGUGUGUUCACACUGGGGAGAGGCAGAUCUCCUGCUCGGACUUUGGGAAGAGAUUCUCUCAGCCAAAUCAAUCAGGUUUGCAUCAUUGAGUUCACACUGGGGAAACCUGUUCAACCGCUGUGAAUGUGGGAAGCGAUUCACUCAGUCAUCUAACCUUGUAACUCUCACUUCGACUAGCAGUUUAAUGUGGGGGUCGAUAGCUCCAGGCCCGGCCAAUCUUAAGAAAUCUCGAUUGGGUGGAUGCUGCACGAUGUGUCCCCCGUUACAAAUCAGUACCCCAAAAUAACAAGCAGCACACAAUAUGUGAUUAAAUAAUUGAGAAUUAUAAUUCUUAUUUUGACUAUAGGGUUAGUAAAGAAAACAAAAUAAAGAAAAAGGGCCCACUCUCUCCAUUCACAUCUUCUCAUCUCUCCCUGGCAAAAGACCAUGAAAAUCUCUCUUCCAGACUCACAAGAAAGAACAUUUCUCCCAUUGGAUAGCCCCGCACUCCAAAACCCUGUUAUCUCUAGUCGUAACCUAAACAUUACUGCUACAGAGAAACCAUUACCUCAGCAGUGAACCAUUGCAGAGAGGCCAUUACAUUAGCAGUGAAACCUUACAGCGUGUUACACUUGUGACACACUGCCGGGUUCACACUGGGGAGAAAGUUUCAAUAAGCUGCAUGCUGGAUAUUUGUCCAUCACCGUUGCUGAAUGCAAUUUCGAGAGUGACUGUCGGUGCUGAACUCUGCAAUUAUUGCUGCUGCUCACCACACCCAGUUCUGCACCCUGGUCACUGGGCAUGGGAGGAGUUUCUUCUGCUACAUAUUCACCUUUAAUGGGACUGGAGUUUAAUAUUCUGCACCUGUGACAAAUUAAUCAGUUCUAUUUUAACCUCUGUCUUUGGUACUUACCGUGUUUAUAACACAACCAGUGUACUCAGGCCUGCAGGACCCAGCCAGUGAUUCAGUUCCACAGCAGCCCUUUUGAAUCCUCCCCUGUUGUUCAUCUCUCACUCUCCCUGCGGGAUGGGUCCCAGUCACCACUGUGUGGGUGAAGAGGUUUCCCUUGAAUUUUCUGCAGACUGAAGAAGUCGAGCUGACUGCAGUUCUGUCUGAGAUGUUCUUUGCCCCUCAAAUCUCUGGGCUGAGAAAGAAUGACAUUGGGAGUUAAUCUCCUUAUUCAGGGCUCAUUUCCACAUGUGGGUCAUUUUCCCUGCUUCUAAAGGGUUGUUGAAAACACCACUCUCCUCUAAAGACUGAAAGCAGAAUGGGAAACCAUUAGUUGGAUGUUCAACGGACUCGGGGUCAGAAACCAGAGGCUGGUCUGCACAGAGCAGAGUUUGGGGCUCUGGACGAUGGUCGGUAUAAGAACGUAUGAUGAGGAGAAGGGAAUCAGCAGCGGGGUGUGGCAACGAAUGACAGAGUAGCAACAUUUGGAAGCUGAUUGACAGAGAAAAUCUUUCCAUUGUCUGACUGACGAUACAAACAAUGCCUGUGGUGAGGUGCCCCAAUGGUCGAGGUACGUGUGUGUGUUGGGAAUGGUUUUAUCUACUGAGGGAGUUGUUCCUGUUGUUUAUCCUGUAAUAUUAUAUCUGGAUGGUUCUUAUGGAUUGUCCUAUCUGAAAUAAUGUAUUGAUUAUCUUAUAAUUUGUAAGAUUUUGACUCUGAAACUGAAUCAGGCUUGAAUUUAUGGUGCUCAAUGAAAUUAUGGUGGUCUUUCAUGAGUUUAUAUUUUGAAGUAAGAUUUUGGUGAAUGAUAUUUGCCACUUGAUUGUACCUUUGUAAGUAAUCAGAUUGAGUUAAACUGCUACAGCAUCCUGGAAUGUGUUGGAUCGUGUCUGGUUUCUCUUGUCAUUAUCUGCACUUACUGCCUUGUUUGUUUGUAUUUCAUGCAUUUUCAAUUUUGUUUUUCAUUUUCUUAACCACCUUGUCCUGUAUUUCUGCAAGGAACCCUCUGUUUCUGGGAAGAGGUCUCCAAAACUCAGUCAGGUGCUCGAUGCUUCCCUGUCACCAUCUAGUCUGCUCAGAUCGUUGGGAUGUCUCCCAUGGAGGGUCAUAUUCAUUCCACUGGUUAAUGUUUUCUUCCAUAGUGAUGAUUCAUUUUUCUGAGUUGGCCUCUCAUUUAAGUUUCUGGUCUGUAUUACUUAUCACAAUUGCAUAUACACACAUGGAGUGCUGAAUCGUGUUCAUUUUUGAUGAAAAUAUAUACUUUCAAGUUGUAUCUGACUGUUGUGUGAUUUCUUUUUCAUGUGUGUUAUUUCUCUUCCUCCUUCUGUCCAAUCUAAGUGGGUUUGAGUGUAAAUAGUCUUUUCUAAAGUUAUCAUUUCAGUUCUUAGUUAUCUUUGUAAAUUUUGCUGAUUGAAAUGGGACCAAGAUAUUUUAAUUUUAAAAAAUGUCAAUGUUGGUAUUGAUGAAAGUGUUUAUUGUCAUUGUUGUAUUUGUUAACUAUUGAGCUCUGUUUGGCAGGUUUUUUUUAAGCCUUGAACUAAAUUUUGUCAAAGGUUUUCCCUAUUUCACACAACUUUCUAUUGUCUUUGCUUGUUGAUAUUCCAAAUACGUGGGUUUCAAGAGCUGCCUGAUAUGCUGAACUCCUCCGGCACUUUGUGUGUAGUUCUCUAGAUUCCUAGCAUCUGCAGGUCCUCUUGUUUCCCAGAUACUUAUAUAUUUGUUGAAAGAACAAUCUAAUAGCGGGGUUGUGUGGCUCUGUUGGUAAAAUAUUAAUUAAAAUCAUUAGAAAGAGGUGGCAUUGGGUUGGAAGGUGUAGAAUCUGUGGGUAGAAUUAAGGAACAGCAAAUGUGAAAACAAAGAUCCCUGAUGGGAAUUGUAUAGAGACCUCCAAUCAGUUGUAAGUAUCUGGUCCACAAAUUACAAUGGGAGAUUAAAAAUGCUUGCCAAAAGGGCAAUGUUACAAUAGUCAUGGAGGAUUGUCAUGUAGGUGAUAAGGAAAAUUAAGUGUGUUGUUCUCAAGAGAAGGAAUUCCUAGAAUGCCUACAAGAUGCUUUUUUAGAGCAGCUCGUGGUUGAGCCCACUUGGGGAUCAGCUAUUCUGGAUUGGGUGUUGUAAUGAACUGGGAUUAUAUAGGUCACUUACGUUCAAAGAACCCUUAGGGGCAAGUGAUCUAAAUAUGAUCAAAUUCACCCUGACAUUAGAGAAGGAGAAGCUCAAGUCAGAUGUGGAAUAAAUGUGAGGCUGCUUAACAAGAUCACAGCUCAUUGAAUUAUAGGAAACAUACUUGUCUGGAUCAAAGGUUGCCUGACUGAUAAGGGAAAAAGAGUCAGAAUAACGUGGGUAAUUCUGUUUUGCUGUCGGUAACUAAUGGUGUUCCGUAGGGGUCAGUAUUGAGACCUCAUCUUUUCAUGUUAAAUCUGAAUCUUUUGGAUAACUGAAUUGAUACUUGGGUAAUGAACUUUGCAGCUGAUACAAAGAUAGGUAUGGGACAGGUAGUUUAGAGCAAAGCGGGAGCCUGCAGAAAGACUAUGAUAGGUUUGGAGAACAGGCAAUGAAGUAGCAGAUGAAAUAUAGUGUCCGGUCAUGUACAAUUGGUAGAAGGAAUAAGGGCGUAGGAAAAAAAUUUAAAUGGGAGAAACUUGAAGAAUCAGAGGUGUAUCAGUACUUGGAGUCCUUGAGCAGGAGUCCCUAAAGGUUUGCUUGCAGAUUGAGUUAAUUAAGGAUGACAACUGUAAUGUUUGCAUAUAAGAGCAAGGAUAUGACACUGUAGCUUUAUAAUGCAUUGGUCAGAUUGCUGUUGGUGUAUUGUGAGCAGUUUCUGAACUCUUACCUGAGAAAAAAAAGAUGUGCUUGUAUUGGAUCGGGUCUGGAGAAGGUUCACGAGAAUAAUUCCAGGAAUGAAAGGGUUAAUGUAUGAGGAGCGUUAGAUGGCUUUGACCCUGUACUCACUGGUUGAGAAAGAAGAGUGGGGAUCUCAUUUAAACCUAUUAAGUAUUUAAAGGCCUCGACUGAGUGGCUAUGAAGAAGAUGCACCCUACACGGUGUGAGUCUGGGACCAGAGGCCACGGCCUCAAUGUAUAGGGCAUCCACUGACAGCAGAGAUGAGGAGGAAUUUCUUGAGUCAGGGAGUGGUAAAUCUUUGGAAUUCAUUGCCACGGACAGAGUAGAGGCCAAGUCACUGAGUGUGUUUUCAAUGGAUGUUCAAGGAUUAAGGGGAGAAGGCAGGAGAAUAGUGUUGAGAGGGAUAAUGAAUUGGACAUGAAGGAAUGGUGGAGCAGACUCGAUUGGCUGAGCAGCCUCUGUCUCAUAUCUCGUGGCUCAUGGUCUGAAGAAGAGGCUAGUGAGGUUGCAUUAGGGUUAGGGUAUUGUUAGGGUAUCCGUGCCUGGAUUAUUGUAUUCAGUUUUUGGUCGUUCUGCUAUAGGAGAGAGGACGUCAAUCUGGAAUGAGUUCAGGGGAGAUUUAUGAGAAUGGUUCCGGUACUCGAGGGACUGAGUUCUGCAGAGAGGCUGGGCAGGUUGGGACUUCACACCUUGAAGUGCAGGAGAUUGAGUCUGACAUGAUGCAGGUGUUCCAAACCCUGAGGGUACAGAAAUAGGGAAUGUGAGCAGAUGAGUGAACUCGGCCUUUUCUCCUUGGAGCGACGGAGGAUGAGAGGUGACCUGAUAGAGGUGUAUAAGUUGAUGAGAGGUGUUGAUCGUGUGGAUAGUCAGAGGUUUUUUUCCCAGGGCUGAAAUGGCUGCUACAAGAGGGCACAGGUUUAAGGUGCUGGGGAGUAGGUACAGAGGAGAUGUCAGGGGUAAGUUUUUUCACACAAAGAUUGGUGAGUGUGUGGAAUGGGCUGCCGGCAACGGUGGUGGAGGUGGACACAAUAUGGUAUUUUAAGAGACCUUUGGAUAGGUACAUGGAUCUUAGAAAAAUAGAGAGCUAUGGGUAAGCCUAGUAAUUUCUUAGGUAGGGACAUGCUCGGCACAACUUUGUGGGCCAAAGUGCCUGUAUUAUGAUGUAGGUUUUCGAUUUUUUUUUUCCCCUUUUUCCCCACUUUUGUGGAAUGAACAACCAGUGGGCACCACUUUAAGGUGAGAUAGGAUUGAUUUAAUAGGGAUCGCAGGGGAAAGUUAUUAAUCCACUCUCCCUUCCGGUUUCACUAGCACGAUGAACCCACUCUCAGGUUAAAGGAGCAAUAACACAUACUACAUCUGGGUAGUUUACAACUCGAUGGCAUGAACAUUGAUAUCUUUAACUUCCACCUCCACCUUUUCCUUUCAUCAACCCACACGCUCGUCUCCUCCAUUCUGUCUCCCCACUUCUCUCUUCACUGUGGAUCGUCUCCCUGUGGUUCCGCUUUUACUUCCUCUUUUCCCCAUGGUCCGCUCUCCUAUCCUAUCAGAUUCCUUCUUUUCAGCCCUUUGCAUUUUCCAGCUUCCACCUCACAGCGUCUCACUUCAUCUCCCACCUCCCCCACCCACUCACCUUCACUCUUAUCUGGCUUCACCUAUCAUCUACCAGCUUGGACUCUUUCCACUCCCCGCACCAUCUUAUUCCAGCUUCUCCCCACUUCCAGUCCUGAUGAAGGGUCUCGGCAGGAAAUCUCUGUUUUGAUUUGUCCCCCUCUAUAGAAGCUAUCUGACCUCCUGACUUCCUCCAACAUUUUGUGUAUGUUACUCUGCAUCUCCAACACCUGCAGAAUCUCAUCGGGACAGAGUGCAGAAUGCAGAGACUACAUCGGUCUCACUAAUGUCGAGGAGGCCACACCUGGAAAACUGGAAACAGGAGAUGAUCCAACAGGCAUGAUGUUGAAAAGUUGCCUUAUGUGGAAGGACUGUUUGGGACCCUGACUGGUGGUGGGGAGAGUGGUUUGGAGCAGGUCUGUCACUUCAUCCACUUGCAGAGUUGGCUUCCAGCCCCCUACACCUCUCCUUAUCGCUGUAAACCUCUCCCUUUUGUGGACAACACUGCCACUUGGUGAUUUGCCACAAUAACAGGAGCCCCUGAUUUGUGGACUCCAUUGUCACCAGGUGAUGCUCUGCCGCAGUAACACUGAGAGACAGAAAUGUGACCCUGCAGUCUGCUGAAAUGUUUAUUCAAGAUUCAAGGUAGUUUAAUUCCAUUUCCAGCAGACAAGUGUAAAUGGGAUCAAAAUAAUUAUUACUCCGGCUUCAAUGCAGCACAAAAACACAAUAGUAAAAACAUAUAUCCACAGCUUAUAAACUGUGCAUGGAUUGAUUGUAUGUCCAUAAAGUGACGCUCAGCAUAGUCAAGUCAAGUCACUUUUUAUUGUGAUUUCAAUCAUAAACUGCUGUUACAGUGCACAGUAAAAACAACAUACCUCCAGGACCAUGGUGCUACAUGAAACAACACAAAACUACACUAGGCUAAGUGACACAACGCAAAGCUACACUAGACUAUGUCAAAUAACCCAAAAACCACACUUGACUACAGACCUACACAGGACUGCAUGAAGUGCACAAAACAGUGCAGGGCAGUACAAUAAAUAAUAAACAAGAAAAUAGGCACAGUAGAGGACAAAUUACAAUAUAAUAAAUGAUAAAAUAAUAAAUAAAAGUAUGCUUGCAUAUAACAUGACAGACAGGAAAUUAUAAAGUAGAGGUGUUUGGUGGUGUGGAAGGGUGGGUUAGUUGGGUAGAGACAUUUAUCAGCCUUACUGCUUGGGAAAAGUAGCUGUCCCAGAGGCUGGCAGUCCUGGUGAGGAUGCUGUGCAGUCUACCUCCCGAUGGGAGUGGGGCAAACAGUCCAUGAGUGGGAUGGGUGGAGGUUGAUUAUGAAAAUCAGGUUGGUGUUUCAUCUCAAGAGAGAGAAUUUGGAAAAUACCAAUGAGAUGCCUUUUUGAACAGCUUGUAAUUGUGCCCAUUAGGGAAAAGUUAAUUUUGGAUUGGGUGUUGUGUAAUGAACCAGAUUUGAUUACGAAGCUUAUGGUAAAGGAAACGUGGACUUGGUGAUCAUAAUAAGUUAGAAUUCACCCUACACUUUGAGAGGGGAAAGGUAUAACAAGAUGCAUCAUUAUUAGUGGAGUGAGGAGAAUCCUGGAGGCAUGGGAGAAGAGCUCACCAAAGUUGAUUGGAAGGGGACACUAGCAUGGAUGAUGGCAGAAUAGUAAUGGCUGGAGUUGCUCAACUUGACAGCCUCAGGGUUGAAGAGAAACACAUCAUACUCCACCUGCACAGCUCCAACCUGAAGGCAUGAAUAUCGAUUUCUCCUCCAGUUAAAAAAAAACACUGCCCAUAGCCUUUCCUUCUACUCUUCACUCUGGCCAUUCACCAUUAGUUAUGUAAAUAUGAUGCUACCAUUCAUUAAGAGAGGUCUAUCCAUAAUCCACAAUGUUGAGAUGUUAUAAGGCAAUAGUUAAACCACACAGACUAUUAUGAACGGUGUAGGGACUCAUCUCAGGAAAAAUGUGCUGGAAUUGGACAGAGUCCAGAGGAGGUUCAUAAAAAUGAUUCUGAGGCUGACAGGUUUAAAACAUGAGGAGCAUUUGAUGUAUCUGGGCCUGUGUCCUAUAAUGUUUAGAAAAAAAUGAGGGAGGCUCUCGAACACUGAAAAGCCGAGAAAGAGUGCAUGUGGAGAUUAUUUUUCCUGCAGUCGGCGACCAGGGGAAAACACCCUCAGAAUAGUGGGACCUCCAUUUAGAACAGAGAAGAGGAAAACUUCUCUCGCUGUGUCUUAUGAUUCAACACAACCGUGUAUGAUGUAAACUCCUGUGUCCAUUCCCCUUGCUCCCCUUAAUUAUUAUCUAUCUCCACCUCAAAUAUACCCAGCCAACCGGCCUUCACACCCUCAGUGCAGUGAAUCCCAAAGAUUGUACACUCAAAUAGAUAGAUACCUCAUUGAUCACAAAGCAAAAUUAAAUAGAAAAUAUAAAUUUCCAAGAAUUUUCACACAUCUCCAUUUGAAAUGAGCAUCGCUCAUCGACCCCUCUCUGUGGCUCUCUGACUGACGAGGAGAGAUACUCUAUCAAGAUGCUCCACAAAUACCCUAUCGUUUGUGAAUAUGUUCUAAAUUCAGGGCCAAAUCAUCUCACCUCUGCUGGUAAAUCAUCCCAUGUAUUACAUUGGUCAAACUGCUCUGGCUGGCUCCAUAGCUACUCUUAAGAUUUCUUUCUUCUUGGGGAUUAAAACCGUGCAUAGAAUUCCAGAAACACCCUGUGCAAUGGUAGCUACACUGGCCCAUUACAUAAUCCCUACUCUCUGUGUGGUGAUGGCCAAAAUACUAUCUGCCUUUUGAACUAUUUGAUGCAGAACCAGAACAUCGUCAUUAGAUUUCUUUCCUUUGCUUCUGUGUUAUCAAUAUAUUUGGACAUUUCCCAUCUCGUUCCCUCCUCCAGGGGAUUAAGCAGUGAACAUGUUUACUGAGCAUACAAACAUGUACCAGAGCCUGUGUGCAGGGAUAGUACUUUCCUCUGGGUGAAAGAUGUGGGAAUCCCGGGAAUCUUCCUGUCUCCCAGACGGCCAUAUCUGAGCCAGGUGCACUGAGAUGCAGCUGAUGAGAGAACGCGUUAGGGAUCUGGAGCUGCGGCUUGAUGACCUACUGCUUAUAAUGGAACAUGAGCAGGAGAUCGAUAAGUGGGUGACUGUCAAGGAAGGGAUGGGAAGAGCUCAGAUAGUAGAGAGCACCCUUGUGGCCAUCCCCCUCAGUAAUUGUUAUCUCAUUUUGGAUGCCGUUGAGGGGGGUGACCUGACAGAGGACGACCAUGGCGAUCCGGUCUCUAGCACUGGGUCUGGUUCCAUGGAGCAGAAGGGAAAGAGGAAGAUGAUCUCUGUUUUAAGUCAUCAUAUAGGUACCAAUGACAUAGGUAGGAAAAGGGAUGAGGUCCUGAAAGAAGAAUAUAGGGAGCUAGGAAGGGAGUUGAGAAAAAGGACCGCAAAGGUAGUAAUCUCGGGAUUACUGCCUGUGCCACGCGACAGUGAGAGUAGGAAUGCGAUGAGGUGGAGGAUAAAUGCGUGGCUGAGGGAUUGGAGCAGGGGGCAGGGAUUCAAGUUUUUGGAUCAUUGGGACCUCUUUUGGCGUAGGUGUGACCUGUACAAAAAGGACGGGUUACACUUAAAUCCUAGGGGGACCAAAAUCCUGGCAGGGAGAUUAGCGGGGGCUACUGAGGUGACUUUAAACUAGAAUGGUUGGGGGGUGGGAAUCAAAUUAAAGCGGCUAGGUGUGAGGAGGUUAGUUCACAACAGAGGGAUGGGAACCAGUGCAGAGAGACAGAGGGGUGUAAAGUGAGCGUAGAAGCAAAAAGUACAAAGGGGAAAAGUAAAAGUGGCAGGCCGACAAAUCCAGGGCAAGCAUUAAAAAGGGCUAAGAGAGUUGUAAAAGAGCGCCUGAAGGCUUUAUGUGUCAAUG